UCUCUCUCUCUCUCUCUCUCUCUCUCUCUCUCUCUCUGUGGGGAAGCAAGCAGGAACGAGAUCGGAGUAACGACUACCUCCGUAUUGUUUCUUCCAAUAUGGCAACUUUGAGUUCCUAUAUCGGAGUUAUUGGCAACCUCAUCUCAGUUCUAAUGUUCCUUGCUCCUGUCUAUACAUUUUCAAGAAUCAUAAAGAAUCGUUCGACAGAAGAGUUCGAGAGUCUUCCCUACGUCUGCACAUUCCUCAACUGCUUCCUUUGGACUUACUACGGAAUUAUAAAGCCGGGAGCUUAUCUUGUAUCCACCAUCAAUGGCUUCGGCCUUCUUGUCGAGAUCGUCUACAUCUCUUUGUUUCUCACAUACGCCACAGCAAACAAGAGGGCGAAUACGGUGAUGUGGAUUGGUAUACUGGAUGUGGGUUGUCCAGCAGCGGCCAUUCUAGUGACUUGGCUGGCGUUAAAGGGAGAUGUACGUAUUAACGCAAUAGGGUUCUUGGGUGCUGGCCUCAAUAUCAUCAUGUACGCCUCACCUCUAUCUGCAAUGAAAACUGUGGUGACAACUAAGAGUGUGGAAUACAUGCCAUUCUGGCUAUCAUUCUUCUUCUUCCUCAACGGAGGGGUCUGGCUCUUUUAUGCUUGGCUUCAACAAGAUUAUUUUCUUGGGGUGCCAAAUGGGAUGGGCUUUUUACUCGGAGCGGUGCAGCUCAUUCUGUAUUGGAUUUACACAAAACCUGCAGCCAAGAAAGAAGACAAAAGCUUAUCAAGUGCACUACUGGUGGAAGAUGGAAGAGAACAUGCAUAAACAUCGUAUCUCAUCGAUCAGCUAGCUUCUUCUACUUAAUCCAUCAGCUCUUUAAUACAUACACAUUAUGCAUUUUAGACGCCCGUUUUGAAGUUAGAAAUGUACAUUAGCUUAUAUGAGCGUUCAUCGAUCUGAGAGCCCAUUAAGUACAUAUAUAGGGUGUUUUGGGGAUUGACAUAUAGCCAGUGCCUGUGAUUUUGAUUUCAAUUGAAUGAUAUUAUGGUGUUCCUUCUA